AACAGUGCUGUCAUGGCUGAUCCAGGUUCCACCACACCCCUGAGAACUAUGUCUUGUAUCAUCCUGGGGUCUACACGUCUUAUACCAGCCUCCGCCAAAAUCCACGUCUGAGCUGUGAAACACACCUUUAAAACUCCGGCUUUGCCCCAGAGGCUGGCAAAAGUGUGCUAUAUAUUCCUUUCUCCCACCCCGGGCAGGCUGGGUACCAUCUAAGCAACCAGAGACCAGGUUUCUAGCAGCUGGACUUCCAGAUCAUUGUAGCACUUACAAACAUCGUCUCAGCUAUGGCUGCCGUGCAGGCCAGCAAGACGGACCUGACGCCCCUGAGGGAGGCUAAGCUGCCUGUCAUCUUCGUCUUAGGCGGGCCGGGGUGCGGGAAGGGUACUCAGUGUGACAAGAUAGUACAGAAGUACGGCUACACUCACCUGUCCUCUGGUGACCUCCUGAGGGAGGAGGUGUCCUCGGGCUCUGAGCGAGGCAAGACUCUCAACGCUAUCAUGGAGAAGGGCGACCUCGUCCCUCUGGAGGUGGUGUUGGACCUCCUGGCGGAGGCUAUGGUGAAGAGAGUGUCAACAUCCAAGGGCUUCCUCAUCGACGGUUACCCACGUGAACAGGCCCAGGGCGUCCAGUUUGAGCAGAGGAUCCUGCCGUGCACCAAGGUGCUGUACUUCGAAGUUCCUGACGAGAUUAUGGUGGAGCGUCUCCUGCACCGCGCCAAGACCUCUGGCCGCGUCGACGACAACGAGGAGACCAUCAAGAAGCGUUUGGCCACUUUCCACAAGCACUCCAAGCCUGUUGUAGAUUAUUAUAAGGACAAGUGUAAUACCAUCCAGGCUCUGAGUUCCCCUGACGAAGUCUUCGCCGAAGUUCAAAAGGCUCUUGCUUCCAUGUAGUGAAUAUACUAACGUUCAGUUUGCAAAGUUCAUAAACCUUAUUUAUAGUAAAAUUGAAUGCUUCCACGCACCCAUAAAUAUAAAGUUAAAAACACCACCAAAGAAAAGAUCUCGUAAUACUACUUCAUGUAAGUAAUAAGUGAUUUUUUCUCCGAGACUUGCAUUUGAAUACAUUGGUUAUGAGGUUGUCCAGCACCACCCAUAUUGGGUGGUCGAGCCCACAAACAUACAACAGUGAAAACAUAAUAACAGUAUGAUGACACCGGUGUUUACUUUUCUCUUGACCAUGGGGAGGCCUACACAGUGACAAGGGGAGAGCUUUUAAUUUUAUGAAUUAUGAAUUUUCUUGACCAUAAAAGAGGGCGACUUGUGACUCUUGACUUGAACUGUGUAUAUGAGACUGUAUUUUUUACUUAAUAAACUUUUCAUGAUUUGCUUAAGAUUUGUUUUUAUGAACACGUACAAGGACUGGUCUUUACGGUCAGUAACACACAAAAAACUCUGACUCCCGUAAAUGACUAAUGUCUUCCAGCAGCAGUUUUUUGUGCCUAUUAAGACGUGUCUGUAGUGAUCCAUCGACUGAAUGAUAACCUUGAGAGAGCAAUAUACACUAUGCAUUUACUAAGCGGGACUUAUGACUGAGAGAACAGUACACGUUACAUAUAAGUACUUUGAGGGAUUUGUGACUUAGACCAGUAACGUACACUUAGGAAGCUGGACUCAUGACUAAGAGAACAAUACAUAUAAUAUAUACUUAAUGAGAAGGACUUGGGACUUGUUUGACUGACAGACAACACUGACCGGGAGAAACGAGAGAUAAUUUGAGAGAACAGUCGAGUGGAAGACUAGAGGUUAUUGCCUGACGAGCAACAGUGAGUAGAAGACUUAAAGAUUGACUGACAGGCAGCAGUGAGCGGGGCAAACGUGCUGGUGUGUGACAAACUAAAGAUGCUGGCGUAAACAGAUAGCUAAUAACUGACAGAUAUUAUACAGGAAAAGUGCUGAACUAAGUUGACUGUAACUUCGACUGAAAACUUAAAAUAAAUUAUGAAUGAUUACUUACCAGUGAGAAACAUUUUUGACAAAUAUUUAUGACUGAAAUGCAUUUAUGACAAAUAUUUAGGACUGAGAAACAUUACUGAAAUAUUUAUGCCCGAAUACAUUUAUGACUGUCACAUUCAUGCCUGACAGCACCAUUUAUGAUUGACAGUAACACUGAUGACUGACAGUAACAUUCAUGACUAACAAUUAUUAACCGGCUGACUGAACCCUGACUGGGGCUGAUUAUAUAAAACGUACAUUUAUUACAACAUGGAGGAGACUAACGGCUGUAGUUGCCUGUUAUAGAGGAACACCUGAGAUAUUUGACUGACAGCCGUAGAUUGAAAAUUAACUGUGACUAAAGAGCAAUCUGUAUAGCCCUUGUGGCUUAGCGCUUCUUUUUUAUUAUAAUAAAGAGCAAUAGUACCUGCUGAUUGUACUGUAACUGAGAUGUACUUCACUAAGUGACAUUUGAUAGACACUGAGACUAGAUUAAUUGUGACUGAAAAGAGAGAAAUACGGCUGACUGUGACUAAGACUGAAGAGACUUAAGAUUGGCCUAAGCUCACUUACAAAUGUAUACGAGACAUUGAAUUAUGAGUGACGUGUAUAAAUUCGUAAACGUUUAAAAAAACAUUGCAGAAUCCAGACUCCCAGGCAUGUAUAUUAUUACUUUGUCUCAAAAUUCAAGCUUCGGUAAUUCCAUGCACACAAUAUGUAUGAAGACUAAGACACAAGUCGCAGAACAAUGUUUUGCUCUGUUUAGAGCUUGGUAAAGCUUAUGCACAGCGAAAAGUUGUUGCAAUAAAAGCUUGUGCAACUAGUGUGUGUAUUCAUUCUUGUCGAAAAUACAGUUUCAUUCAAUAUCUCGUGUAUCUCGAUAGAUAUUUCAUAAUCUUUGCUGCUAUUUAUUUCACAAUGGAAACACAGGCGUGAUUCAUCAUGUGGCAUUGUUGUCGCCUUGUCCAAGCUUGUGAAUACCCUGUGGACGCCUCACAGUAUUCACGAUAAUAUCGGGCUUCCUAGUCACCAGUAGUGUAUGGCUUCUUCCUCGUGCACUCAGUCUGUGAUUCUUCUUCAUCGUGCCUCCGGUUGUGCACUUAAGGGUUGUGCCAAGGUUGUGUAUAAUAAGUUUAUUUGUUGAUACGGAAAGUGUAUUUCUGGUUUAAUGUUAUAUUAUAUAAAGGAGAGGUUUUAACAUAGUGGUCGAUAUAUGAGCCAUGGUAUUUCUUUCUUCAUGUUAAGUUGUGUAAAGGAAGUGUCACCACGAGCAUUCGAUAACUAGGCAUGGCCUCUUUUACCGGAUGGCGUCAUGCAAACCUUGCUUGAAGCUUGAUCAAGACUUUAUCAGCACUCAGGCGAUAAGGGGUAAAGAUGCGGUGACGAUUAGAACAAUAUUUCAAAAGUAAAAUAUAUUAUAAGGUGGUACAGUUUAGGAUUAUCCCAAUCAUGUGAUUUCUGAAGAACGAACUGGGUUGUAAAUGUUUCCUGAAACCCCACCCAUUCCCGCAAGUACACCGUACUUUUCCUUCUGCACCUCUCACACUUUCAUUUUUUUUUUUUUAAUUUUUACUUUCUCCGUGCCAUUGUUGAUCCACCUGUUGAUUUAUGCAAAAUUUUAUUCUGUAUUUAUUAAUAUAUUAAUAAAUCUUGUCUUAUAA